CAUACCAGUGGCAAGCAGUAGCAGUACUGCUGCUCUUCUUGCACUUCAGUAUCCAAUUUAGCGCCCCAAUCUCCUGGGAGUACCACGGGGUCUUCAUCUCCCCUCACUUCCUCCCCAGCAACCCCCCCUCCGCCUGCAAAGUCCACCUCCCGGUCUGGCGGCCUCACAGCAGCAGCCAUUGCUGGCACUGCCAUGGCUUCCCUGCUGCUGCUCAUCUGAACGUCUGGUUGAAGCUCUCCUUUUGGAGGGAGAACUGA